UACACAAUAUGUGAGUACCGGUAUAGAGCUUUACACUACAAAACACCGGUAUUGUCUUUCUUAAGUUAUUACGUAAAAACUUGACUGGUUGUUCGUUGCCUUUAACCACCACAAGAAUUUUCGUCAUGUGCUUGACAAGAUUAUGCCUCUCUUUACCAGCUACCAGCCUACGCUUCUUGUCGCACCAUCUUCUAGAUGGAAUACAGGUCGUGUCAAUCGUGGUUACGCAGUUAAAUAUGAGGCAGAAAGUGAUCUCUGGGGCUUUUUGUCCGCGUUUCUGAUGCUUGAACUGCUUUCGAGUGGUAAAAGUGUUAGGAACUUGGUGCACAAGAGAGAAUGGGAAAGUGAGUAUUUUAUUCUCUUAAUGAAUUCUCAGCAGAACGUUUUUCAAGCCCAUUGCGGGAUGGAAGAUGGCGCUGUUGCAUUCUUGUGCACUGAAUGGAGAAAAGUUUCUGAAACAUUCUGGUAUAUUAUCUUAUGUUUGCACUUUUCAAACUUUCCACUUGCCGAUUUCCUCCCUUCGGCUUGUGAUAUACGCAGUGCAAAUAGUGUACAAUGCUGCGUGUGGAAUAAUCUUUUCUCGUCAGGUUUCCUUUCCUGCUGAGGAGCGCACUAGCUUCGGCUUUAAGGCGCUCAGGAUUCCACGGCAGUCACAUUCAGUAUCUAAACGCUUUAUGUUUUUUUCAAUAGUGGUACCGUUGUAGUAGUCAGCUGACAGCGACCUCAGCCAUUGAGAUUAGUUGUUGGCGUCCAAGUGAUUAUCUCGACAUUUUUCAUUGUAUGUAUGACCAAAGUAGGAAUAUUGCAAUGUUGUGCUUGAUUCAAGCGCUCUAGAAAGAUUUACCAUCAAAACAGAUUGACAUAAUUGGUAGUGCCGCAAGCAUUUGAUCGAUAAAACAGAACUUGCGGAAGCUUAGGAACACAUGGUUGCUGUCACUUACGGUCUCGUCGUACGCUGGUAGUAUCGGCUUUGUGCUGUUUUAAUGUAAUUCAGCCACUUGGUCGCUAUUUACAAUACAAUUUGUCGAUAUUUACAAUACAAGAAAUCUCCGAGCAUGACGGCAGAGAUACUAGUUAUGCAGCUUUGCAUUUCUAGAACAAGGCUGGAAUGUUGCUGUCGCAAGUUGCGGCAUGAUAAGGAGAUAUACUGAGCAAUUAUUCGCAUGUUGCAAGUUGGUGGUCGAAAACCUCAUCUCGGUUCAUUCGAAGGUAUUCUGUUUAAUGCCAUAAUCGACCGCCAAUUUUACAUAGAG